AUGUCAAGAAAAAUAACGAAAUUGACAGAUUCAUAUGAAGAUAAUGAUGAAUUUAAAAAAUUAAAGCAAUACCCAAAUGCUUUUAUGUGUAUUUAUUGGUUUGUAAGCUUGAUUGGAUUUUCUAUUAUGUCUGCAUCUCUAUAUUAUAAUUGGGUUUUUGAAAUUUUCGCUACUUGGAAAUUUGAAUAA